AUGGCGAGCCAGAAGUUUUUGGUGACAAUCGCUGCUGUGAGCGCUGCAGUCUUUGGAGCUGAGCAAGAACACAAGUAUCAUCAACAAAUCGGGACGAUGGCAUCGUUGAAGAGAGGAUGGUGUUUAACGGGAGGCGCUCUAGAGCAGGAAGAAAACAGAUUGGAACAAAGGUUAAGCAUGGAAUAUAAUUUCGUGAACGUCCACCUGCUUGUUAAAGGUCGUGGUUUCUCUUACAUCAUUGAGACGAGGAUUCCUCGUUCAAUAACUCCAGUCUUUGGGCACUCGCUCGGUGAACUGCCACACCAGUCCCUUGUGAAGCUCUCCAAGAAGCUGGGAGUGGUUCCAGCGCUGAUGAUCGACUUGGCACAAUGCGCACUAGAGUUUCUCACCAUACACAUGAAAAGAAUGGGAGCGACAAUGGAUGGGAAAGAAUUAUAUAUAACAAGAGGAGAAAGGGUCCUCACUCAUGACCCUCCAGUGACAAUCUGGGUGUUGAAAUCCAUCACUCGCCAGGAGGGAAGCGUAGUCAGCAUAUGGAACCGGCUCCCUGUGCUCAACGUGAACAACAUAGCUCAGAUGGCUUUCCACAAGCAGGUGAUUGGCCAUCCAAUGUUUGAGAGGUUCCUGAUGGUAUUGGAAGAGUCAUUGGAUCUCGCGGCUGUUUCUGUGCCUGGAGAAUUCCUUGAUCCUUACGGCACUGUUGCAAAAAUGAAGGCUUUGAUCAAUGAGAUAUACCAGAUGAUUGUCGACGAGCACAAGUUAAAGAGGAAGUGGGCUCUCUCCUCGCUCAUAAACACUCCGAGCUGCAUGGAGAAAGCCCAAGAGGAGCUCGAUAGAGUUGCUCGAGACAGCCGUGUGCAAGAAGAGGAUCUAGACGAGCUCGUCUACUUGAAAGCCAAGGAAACGUUCCGGCUGCAUCCGCCACUGCCGCUGUUGCUGCCACGCGAGUCAACGCAAAAGUGUACCUUCCAGGGCGAGUAUGAAAACCCAAAAGGUUUGACAGUUUAUUGUCAAUCUCUAGGCAAUCGGGCGGGAUCCCAGCCUAUGGGAAUCCCUGAACAGUUCAAGCCCGAGGGGUUCCUGGAAAGCUCCAUUGUCAUUGUGGGGACUAUCUACAGACCAUGGUGGAGCUCACCCUUGCUAGUCUACUCCAGGCUUUGA